AUGCCAACAACACUUCGACGUUUGUUUGCAACUAAAUUGGUUCAUUGUGAGCCCACAGAUGCUAAAAAAUUAUGGAAUCAAUAUCUUGAAUCAUUAUCUGAAGACUUCUCAAGGAAACCAAAUGCUACUAGAGCUUCGGUGAUAAAUGAUACUCUUCUCAAUAUUAACUUCUAUUUAGAGAGUAUGGGAAAGGAUAUUAAAAAAUUUGAUUUGCCACCUUUACAAGCAAAAAACAUUACAGAGGAAGGUUCAUACCCAAGAGAAAUUAAAGAAGAGCUAGAUGUACAAAUCUCAACUGAUGAUCUAAAUGCUGCAACAAAACUCAACUAUGAACAACAUACUGCAUACACUACAAUAUUAACACGAGUUGAAGCAAAUAAAAGUGGAGUUUUCUUUAUUGACGGUCCAGGAGGAACUGGGAAGACUUAUUUAUAUCGUGCUCUACUUGCCACAGUAAGAUCGCAAGGUAUGAUAGCUCUUGCUACAGCGACAUCAGGUGUCAUAGCUGUAAUAAUGCCUGGUGGAAGAACAGCACACUCCAGAUUUAAAAUCAAAAUCCCAACAACAGAUUCAUCUAUGUGUGGUAUAUCAAAGCAAGAUGGGACAUCAAAACUCCUUAGAAUAGCACGUCUAAUAAUUUGGGACGAGGCUGCUAUGGCUAAACGCGUUGCAAUUGAAACGUUGGAUAGAACACUAAGAGAUUUAAUGGAUCAAGAUGAACCAUUUGGCGGAAAAGUAAUUGUAUUUGGUGGUGAUUUCAGACAAGUUUUACCAGUGGUGCCUCGCUCAACAAGAUCACAAACUAUCAAAGAAAGUUUAGUAAGCUCACAUUUAUGGAGAAAAAUGAUCAAACUACAACUUUCAAAAAAUAUGAGAGCAAAAUCAAGUUUAGUGAGCUCACAUUUAUGGAGAAAAAUGAUCAAACUACAACUUUCAAAAAAUAUGAGAGCAAAAUCAGACACAGCAUUCAGUGAAUUUCUUCUUAGGAUUGGGAAUGGAGAUGAACCAACAGUGACACAGGAUCUCAUAAAACUACCUAAUGCAAUGUUGAUCCAGAAUCAAGGUGAUGAGCUACCGGAAGAUUCUCUCAUAAAUUCAAUUUUUCCAUCUUUAGACGAAAAUUUCAAGUCUAUUGACUAUAUGAAAGAUAGAGCUAUCCUUGCAACAAAAAAUGAAUAUGUUGACAUGUUAAAUGAUAGACUAAUAAAAAGGUUUCCAGGAGAAGGAAAAGAAUUCUAUAGCUUUGAUGAAGCAGUUGAUGACACUAAUCAUCAUUACCAAGAAGAAUUUUUGAACACUCUGCUCCCUAAUGGACUACCGCCACACAAGCUAAUGUUCAAAAAAUAUUGUCCAAUUAUUUUACUAAGGAACUUGGAUCCAACUAAUGGACUGUGCAACGGUACACGAAUGAUAUGUCAAGAUUUUAACUACAAUGUAAUUCAAGCUAAAAUCACAAUGGGCCAACAUGCUGGGAAAGAAGUUUUCUUGCCAAGAAUACCAUUGUCACCAGCAGAAGAUGAAGGAUUACCAUUCAAGCUCAAACGCAAACAAUUUCCCAUAAGAUUAUGUUUUGCAAUGACAAUUAAUAAAUCCCAAGGGCAAACAAUACCUAACGUAUGUAUUUAUCUACAUGAACCAGUGUUCUCUCAUGGGCAAUUAUAUGUUGCUUUAUCACGUGGUACUUCUAUGAUGACAACCAAGGUCUUAAUAACAUCAGAUGGAAAAUUUGCAGAAGAGGAACAAUACACAAAAAAUGUUGUAUACAAGGAAGUUCUCCAGCCAAAGGACCACGAGGAAUAA